AUGGCGCUGUGUCACCUUAGCAACACGAGACACUGGCACAGUGAUGGGCAUGAGAUGCAACAGCAAGACACAAUCACUGAACUGGACUGCAUGGGUGGAGGUAACUAUACAGUUUCUGGUACCGUUGCCUUUCCUGGUGUUGACCGACCUGGUGACAGGCUCUCAGACCCUCUUCAGGAUCAGGUUUCUGUAAUUAAUACCGUGGAUACAUCCCAUGAGGAUAUGAUUCACGAUGCACAGAUGGAUUACUACGGCACCCGUCUUGCAACAUGCUCCUCUGACCGAUCUGUGAAGAUAUUUGACGUUAAAAAUGGAGGCCAGAUCCUUAUUGCUGACCUGAGGGGCCAUGAAGGUCCUGUAUGGCAAGUGGCAUGGGCUCACCCGAUGUAUGGCAACAUCUUGGCUUCUUGUUCCUAUGACCGGAAGAUCAUCAUCUGGAAGGAGGAAAAUGGAACUUGGGACAAGAUGUAUGAAUACACAGGACAUGAUUCUUCUGUCAACUCAUUGUGCUGGGCUCCUCACGAGUUCGGGUUGAUCCUUGUCUGUGGUAGUUCUGAUGGUGCAAUCUCGGUGCUUUCAUACUCGGGCGACGGUCAGUGGGAAAUGAAGAAAAUCAGCAAUGCGCACACGAUUGGUUGCAAUGCCGUCAGUUGGGCUCCAGCAGUUAUACCCGGGAGUCUUGUGGACCAACCUUCAGGGCAGAAGCCAAAUUAUGUCAAGCGAUUCGUGUCGGGAGGUUGUGACAAUCUGGUCAAAAUAUGGAAAGAAGAGGACGGUCAGUGGAAAGAGGAUCAAAAGCUUGAAGCUCAUAGCGACUGGGUUCGAGAUGUUGCCUGGGCUCCAUCUAUUGGACUUCCCACGAGCACCAUUGCCAGCUGCUCCCAGGAUGGCAGAGUUUUUAUCUGGAUUUGUGAGGACCCUGCUGGGAAUACAUGGACGCACAAACUCUUGCACAAAUUCAAUGAUGUAGUGUGGCACGUCAGCUGGUCCAUCACUGGGAACAUCUUAGCCGUUUCUGGAGGUGACAACAAGGUAUGGUUUCUUGCUUUGGACGGGUCUGUUACCCGAAUGAAUAAUGUGUGCAAGUUCUGAAUUUCUGAAGAGAUA